AUGGAGCCUAUGAAGGUGUACGGCUGGGCGGUGUCGCCAUGGAUGGCGCGGGUCCUCGUCUCCCUGGAGGAGGCCGGCGCCGAGUACGAGCUCGUGCCCAUGAGCCGCAACGGCGGCGACCACCGGCGGCCGGAGCACCUCGCCAGAAACAUUCCGCAGCCCUUCGGUGAGAUCCCGGUGCUCGAAGACGGCGGUCUGACGCUUUACCAAUCCCGCGCCAUUGCAAGGCAUAUUCUCCGCAAACACAAGCCCGGGCUUCUAGGAGCAGGCAGCCUCGAGGAGUCGGCGAUGGUGGAUGUAUGGGUCGACGUGGAUGCCCACCAGCUGGAGCCCGUACUCAAGCCCAUCGUGUGGAACUGCAUCAUCAACCCGUUCGUCGGGAGGGACGUCGACCAGGGCCUCGUCGAUGAGAGCGUCGAGAAGCUCAAGAAGCUGCUGGAGGUGUACGAGGCGAGACUGUCAAGCAACAAGUACUUGGCCGGGGAUUUCGUCAGCUUCGCCGACCUCACCCAUUUCUCCUUCAUGCGCUACUUCAUGGCGACGGAGCAUGCGGUUGUGCUCGAUGCGUAUCCGCAUGUGAAGGCAUGGUGGGAGGCGCUGCUGGCAAGGCCAUCGGUCAAGAAGGUGAUAGCUGGCAUGCCUCCGGAUUUUGGAUUCGGGAGUGGGAGAAUACCAUGA